ACGUGGAGGGGGCGGUGCAGAGGUUCCUGUGUUGACUGUUUCCUGUGUACCUGUCAUCGCUUGGCCUCUGCCGUACUGGUGCCGCCUUGAUACUGUCAGGAUGCAGGUGUAGGGAGACGUGUCAGAGGGUCGCGAGGAAGUGGUAACGCUGCCGCAGACACCAUGAACAGACGGCCUAUUGUCACCUAUGCUGGGGACAACAGUCUCUUCAGUGGGCUGCAGACAGGUCUAGUGACAGGUCUGCCUCAGGAAAGUGUGGAAUGGCGCAGGUCAUAUGGUCGACCCUCCAGAUGCGUUCAUGUAGAGGUGGACUUUGUCCCUUUCUCUGAGGAAUGCCUGGUGAAGGAGACGCCACGCACCAUCCUGGGUCAACCAAUCUUCCACACCUAUUGGACAGAUUGCUCUGACGUAGAGGCGUACAAGAAUACAACACGUGACAGCCUUCAGUCAUGGGCACUGGCCCUCAAACAGCAUGGCAUCACUGACUGGAUGGUGGUGCUGCUGGAGACUCCAGACACAAGAAAGGGCAACAAACUCCUCCCUCGCACCACUGUCCUUGACAAGAUUAAGAAUGACUUUGGCAGCAAGCAGCCAGAAAGGUGUGUGUCACUUGUGGACCCCCUCAAGACUGACUCUCGUUCCCUGGAGUCCUGGCAGACGCUCCUCACCAAGAUGCGUCACCUGCUCAUGGUGGCCUACAACCGUGCCCUGAACAGAUUUGAGGAGAGCAUGAGGGCAGAGCGAGAGAGACGAACAGAGAAGUCAUGGUCCUUCUGCUGGUACUUCCUGCUUCAAGAGGAGCUAGCCCAUGUCUUUCAGCUACUGGCACUUUAUGAUGAGGCACUGGUCCAGUAUGAUGAGCUGGAUGCUCUCUUCACUCAGUUUGUGGUGAACUCAGCUGCUGGAGAUUCCCCACGGUGGCUGAGCACGUUCAGCCAGCCAUGUGAGCGGUGGGAGGGACUGCACCUCACCCCAGAGCUGGACACCACAGUGCAGGCCAAGAUCCGCUCCAAGGAAGUCACCCUAUUGGAGUUUCGCAAUUACCUGUUCCAGCGCCAGUGUGCCCUCCUCAUGCACCUCAAUAAACCCUGGGAGGUGGCUUCGCGUGCCCUCACCUUCCUGCAGAACACAGUAGGGGAACUGAAUAUCCUGGAGGUGAAUGUAGCACCUGGAGGUGUGGCCUGCUGGGGUGUGCUGUCCUGCCUGGAGGUGACAGAUGCAUUGCACCGCUAUCACACAACUGAUGCUCAUGCACUCCAUACUGCUCCACUCUGGGCAUAUGCAAGGGACAAGUUACAGGAAUUAGGAAUGUUGUGUGGACUGAUGCCAGGCAGUGCAACAAGCAGCGCUCAGCUACACACUGUCAUCUCCCUGGUGUGUGGGAUGGGUAAUGAUCCACACAGCCAUGAGGAGCCUCCCCGAGAGUCACCCAUGACCCGCCUCAAGGACUCUCUCUCCUCUCCUCAGGCCUUUAAGAAACACUUUCUGGAGCUGUCUGAGGUUGCCAUCAGUACCUACAAACACAUUGGAAGGAUUCGAUCUGCCAGGCUUAUAGGCCGAGACCUGGCCAGCUUUUACAUGGCACAAGGCGAACCUCAGAAGGCUGCAACAUUCCUCACUGACCAGCUGACAGUGUUCCUGGAGGAGGGAUGGCAGCUGUUGGCUACUCAAACACAAUUACAGCUGGCUGAAUGUUACUUGGCCACCAGUGACUUAGAAAGGUAUGUGAGGACAUGUGCCCAGCUGGCAGGUAGCUGUGUGCUUGGGAAUGAGCUAAGGGACCAGCACUUCAAUAAAAUGAUGGAGGCUGUAGAAGGAGUGAAGGAAGGACUUCCAGUACUGAUACCCAGUGAACGAAUCUUGGAGGUGGGAAGCCUGAAUCUGGUGUCUGAGGGACGCAUCAUCUUGGGGGCUGAGGUAGAGGUGGAGCUCUCAGUCUUAAGCAAAUUACCUCAGGACAUAUGCUGCACCUCAGUCCAUGUGUCACUGCACCAUUGGGAUGAUGAGAAUGAGUCUAUCUCGGGUCGCCGCACUGCUGAAUCUGAAGCCAAGAGUCAGCAAGGAGGUGGCAAGACACAGAAUGCAGCCACACCUCAUAGCAGUGGGAGCAGUACUGUUGACACAGAACACAGCACUAGCAGCACUAGCAGCAGCACUAGUAGCAGCACAACUAGCAGCAAUAGCACAAGCACCAGCAGUAGCAGCAGUAGUAGCAGUAGUGGUCCUUCAGAGAGCUCUGAAGCAGAGGGCAGCAGGAUGAACCCCAUGAUCCAGUCUCUUCCCAUGACCCUUCACUUAGAGUACAAGCAAGACAAGUCCCUCUCUUCAGCCUCAGUCACCUGCCCCAACUCUCAUAAGGUCUUAAGGCGAAGAGACAGUCAGGGUGGACUGUACAAAGUUGACAGAAACAUUGUGAAGGAGGAGCAGAAGGACAGUCUUUCUGCCAAGGAUGUGAUCAUUCGACCAGGGCCGAACACUAUAGUUCUUCACACAAAGGUAGAGAAAAAAGGAAAAUACUCAGCCAGCCAAGUGGUGCUGGCCUUAGAGCAAGUGGAGUUUGUGUGUGGUCGAUGGAGUGUAGGAGGGCCUCCCCUCACCCUGGAAGUAGUGAGUGAGAGCCCCAGGAUUUGUUUGGGCAAAGGAAGCAGAGAUCUACUAGCUGGGGUGACCCAAGAGAUGGUGCUCACUGUACACAGUGGCAGCUGUAGCAUUAGUAAGGGGACUGUGGUGAAGCUGCGUAGUUCUCGAGGUCUUACAAUGAGAAGACAAGCAAAGGAGGAAGAGGAAGAGAAAGAAGGCUCCCUAGAAAGGGAGGUAGAAAUACAGCUAUCAGAAGUUGCACCUUUCUCCUCAGUCAGUAGCCCCCUCACAGUUUUGGCUGAGUUGGGCCCUCAGCGAGAUGCAGCAACUAUUGAACACAUGGUCAGCAUCAGCAGCACAUUGGUGGAGCAGCGACAGGAUGUGGACGUGCACUUCAUCCCUCCCUUCAUGUCCUCCCACAAGUUACACACUGCUAAUACCUCCAAGUUUUUACAGAUGACUGUGACUGGCUUGGUAGGCCAUCCCAUGGAGCUAACUCAAGCAACACUGAAGGUAUUAGAUCCACACCAAGAGCAGCAAGUCCAGCUCAAAGCUUUACAUCCCACCUCACAGGCCCUGGUGGUGUGCUCAGACCAGGCUGCCAGCUACAUGUGGGAAUUAGAGGUGGACCACCAACAGGAGGGAACACCUGUGGUUAAACUGGAGUUUUCAGUUAUGUACCAACCUCAGGAGUUACCUGAUGGUCCUGGUCCCAACCCUCCCCGCAUCUACACCUCAACCCUUGACUUGCAUGAUUACAAGACAUUAUACACCAUCCGAGCUCGAGUGGAACCCAGCAAGGGGUCUGAGCUGUGUCGAGCAGGGAACAUGUGCCACUUACACAUUGUCCUCCAGCAAGUUGGGCCCACCAGCCCUCCUGGAAGUCGGGCUGAGCCAGGGACUACACCUCACCAACAUUCCAUCAUGUAUGAAGUGCUAGCAGAUCAGACCAUGUGGGCUGUGUGUGGACGCACAGCAGGGGUGCUGACACUGGAGGGAGCUGUGCGUCAGUGUGUGACCAUGGAUGUGAUGCCCUUGGCAGGUGGAUUCCUUCCCUUGCCAUCUGUAAGGUUGUCCAAGUACAUCCCUGCUGACUCAAAGCACAACACAUCUAGAGAAGGUGGGAGGAAGGUGGAGCAUGUUGGGAGUGCCUCAUCAGUGCCCCGCCUGCAACCUUUCAGCCCUGGUCAGGUGUACAACUUUAGCAAGGCCCAGCAGGUGCAUGUUCUCCCAGCCUCCAACACACUCCAGGCAGAUUCCCUAACUUGAGAAGAUAUUUUAAUGUGGACUGAGUAUGUCACAUGAGAUGGUGCUGAUGUAGAUUUAUGAUCUUGUAAUGUUGCACAAAUCAUGUGUUAUGAUGUUAGUCCCUAUAAUUUUGAUGAUACCCACUAGGAUAAUUUUUAUCAAGGUUUUCAAUCCCCAAGCAAACCAUGGCUGACUUCUCUAAAUCUCUGCUAAAAAGAAUUAAUAUCUCAGGUGUCAUUGUGAGUUUUGAGUGACCUAGGGAGGCAACAGCAUCAAUCAUCCUACAGUUCAUCCUGAGGGUGAGUGGGAGGUCUGGGUUGGAGCCAGUGGGAAAAUACAUGAUAAGGGUCCACCAUCCAAAAUUUAUGAAAGGAGACUGGCCAUUCUCCUUCCAACCUACCCUUAGGAUAAUCCAUGGGACGAGCCUGAAUGGAAGAAGAAACUGAUUAGUGCAACACACACACACACACACACACACACACACACACACACACACACCUCUAAUAUCUCUCAGGCAAUCUUUCCUCUAAGUCUUAUAAUUGUAAACAAAAUACCUCAUUCACACCAUUCAGCUGAUAUACGAGAUGAAUGAAACCAGAGAAGAAUAAGAAUUUCUCUCUCUCUCUCACUCUCUCUCGUUUAUUGUUAGUCAUCUUCUUUUGGUCACCACUCAGAUUCAAUGAAAUGCAUAAUCUGAUAAAUCGUUACAUUGUUACUUUCUUAAAUUAAUUAGUUUCUCGUAUUUCCUUUCUCAUAUGUAAUUAUUUGUUGAUGAAUGGUCAGUUUUCCCACUGUUUCACUAAUGUGUCGAUGGUGCAUAAAAUAUAACACACCAGUGAGCAAAUCAUUAAAAUUGACACUGCAAAAACAAAUUUUAAGGAAGAAAAGUGCAUCCUAAGAAAGCAUUCAGAGUUGGCUGUGAGAAACAUGUAGUCACUCUCUCAACUCUUCGGCUUUUCUGUCAAUGUGAGAUAUGGUUUACUGUGAGCAUGAAACCAACAGAAUCUAAUCAUGCCUUUGCAGUGAUGGAAGGCUGGGUGUCCACCUACUUAAUAACAUUCAUGGCUUUAGGAGUUAUAUGGUGUCUACCAGUCUUGGGUUUCAUUUCUGCUAAUUUUGUCUUCAGCAUCAUAGUGUUCUGUGAUGAGGUGCUGGACAUCACUGAUGCAAACUCCUGUUUUAUUUCACAUUUCUUUGUUUUAUUUCAUAUUUCUUUCAUAUUACAACCCUUCUGAGUAGUGCUAUAAGAGCAGAAAUAUCCUUGCUCAGUCUAUCAUGACAUCCUGAGGCUUGGGUAGGGCACUCAAAAUGUUUAACAGUUAGCAGAAAAAUGGAACAAAAGUAAACCAAUUAUCUUUCAUAUCCCCAGGAAUGACUGGCAACUAUAAGACAACUGAUGAUGUGCAAUGGUUAAGUCAGCUGGAUUUCCUAUCAGAUGUAUGAUAACCAGUGAUAACCAGUGUUGCCCAUUUGACACGCUGCUAAGUUGGAGAGGCUAACUGAAUUCUCAUACCAAAGCCCACCAUCAGUUCUCUUGUGCCUUAUAUUUUGGCACUGACUAUAUUUUACAAGUGAUAUUUCAUGUAUCUUAUCAACUGCAAAUUAGUGUAAUAUGAAAAAGGUUGGUGAUUUAUCUAUGUGAAAAUAUUAAAUCCAUAAAAUUC